UAUCAAGCAGCAACUGUAUAAAAGAACCAGGUACAUCUCAACAGAACAGUUGAACAACAAGAUGCUGUUGUGUUAAGUGCGAAAUAUUUAGUGGAAGUUACUAACAUGAAAGGUAUUAGUAGCUUAUUGCUCGCGUGUUUAAUUAUUUGUACCAACGGUGCUCCUUCGGAGAAAUUAGAAUGGAAAUCCGUGUUAGAGAUACUUAAAACGUCAGGUGAUUUAAAGAAAGAAGAAACAGUUUCAUCGCUACCAAAUGUAAAUAAUGCAGAAGAUUACAAACAAUUGAUUCUAAAAAAAUUGAUAUCCAACGCUGCUAAAGACAAUGACGAUACUGACGAAGAAAAAAAACUUGAAAGUAGUUUACGAUGGCCCUUAAAACUCCUAAAAAAUGGCGACACCAUUAAAGCUAAUGGCGAUGAUUAUCGUAGUAAGCUUAAUUCGUUUGAUGCGAAAAGUAUUUGGACAAAGUACGCCAACGCAAUUUCUGAUGAAAACAAUUCUAUCAAAAAGAGUUGGAAAGAACCUCGCAAAUCUGAUAGGCUCAAAAUGCUUCUCAGACGAAAGGAGUCCGAAGAAAAUGGCUCGGACGAAAGCGAUUCUGACGACGAAAAGUCUCGAAGAAGGGGUAGACAUCCAAGAAGUUCUGACGAAAGUGAUUCUACCGAGGAAGAUUCUGACGAGAACAAUGGCGGACAGAUUCGCCAUCGAAGAGGUCUUCGCGAUAGAAGGAGAAAGCAUUCUGACGAAGAUUGCUCGGACGAAAGUGAUUCUGACGAGAAGAAACGCAAAAUAAUUGGUGAAAUAACUUCUCGCGAUAAAAAGAAAAAGCAUUCUGACGAUUUCAGUUCUGAGGAGAAGAAACAUCGAAGAAACCGCCACAAGAAACUUCGCAAAGAUUCUGACAGUGUCGAAAGCGAUAAAAAACGUGCGUCGCAUGAAAAGAGUAAUCGUGAAAGGGAUUUUUGGAAAAAAUAUUUUAACUCGUCGGACAAAUCCGAUUCUGAUAACGAACACAUGGAUCAGGAAUGGAGGAGGAAAGUGGAUUUAAAGAAGAAAAUACUGACGGAUAAACUGGAUGAGAUUAGGGAGAAAGUGAGGCGUAUUUGCAACAUCACAGCGGGAAACAAAGAUGAUAAAGUCAACCAGGUAAAAGAAUGCGCGAGGAAUUAUAUUUCCGAAAAUAAAAGCAUUGCGAUAUCUUUGUUGGAAAAUAUUGUACGCGCGAAAUUGUCGGAAAACGAUGGGAAUACGACAGAGGAAAAUAAUUCGCGGCUCUCGGUGAUUGUAUCGGUAUUGAAUAAACUACAAUCGAAGAAAGAUUCGAUACUGGACGUAGUGGAAAAAGAGAAUCGCGAGUUUGAAAUUUCUGUAACCAAAACUGCACAAGUAGGCUUAAAGAAACACGAAGAUAGCAUCGCCGUCGCAGGUGAAGCACAGGCAAGUAAAAACGAGAUCAAUGGUCUUAAUGAUGACAACAAUGAACCCCCAGCAGCCACCAACUUAGAAAGUGAGAAGAAACCUUCCUAUAACAAUACGUAUCAAGGCAAUUCAAAUAAUUCACAACCUGUUUUGCUGAGUGCAGAACAGACGCCCAAGCACUCGCGUCCAAAAUCAGAAACAAAACUUUCAGAAAAGGAACUCGACAUAACGAAUUCUGUACCAUCGGUUAAAAAAGUCAACAAACAAACGGAAUUAAAUGUGAAUGAACAAAUGGAUGAGAAGCAAACUGAGUCGAAUGUGAAAGAAGUAUUGGAUGAGAAGCAAGCUGAAUCAACUGUGAAAGAAAUAUUGGAUAAGAAGCAAGCUGAGUCAAAUGUGAAACAAGUGUUGGAUGAGAAGGAAGCUAAGGCGAAUGUGAAACAAGUAUUGGAUGAGAAGCAAGUUGAGUCAAAUGUGAAAGAAAUAUUGGCUAAAAAGCAAGCCGAAUCAAAUGUGAAACAAGCGUUAGGCCAGAAGCAAGCUGAAUCAAAUGUGAAACAAGUAUUGGAUGAGAAGGAAGCUAAGGCGAAUGUGAAACAAGUAUUGGAUGAGAAGCAAGUUGAGUCAAAUGUGGAACAAAUAUUGGAUAAGAAGCAAGUCGAAGCAAAUGUGAAACGAGUAUUAGACGAGAAGCAAGCUGAAUCAAAUGUAGAUAAAGAAUGGGAUGACAUACAAGCUGAGGCAAAUGUGAAACAAGUAUUGGACGAGAAGCAAGCCGAAUCAAAUGUGAAGCAACUAUUAGUCGAGAAGCAAGCUGAAUCAAAUGUAAAUAAGGAAUGGAAAGACAAGCAAGCUGAGGCAAAUGUGAAACAAAUAUUGGAUGAGAAGCAAGCCGAAACAAAUGUGAAACAAAUAUUAGACGAGAAGCAAGCUGAGUCAAAUGUGAAACAAGUAUUGGAUGAGGAGCAAGCCGAAUCAAAUGUGAAACAAGUAUUAGGCAAGAAGCAAACUGAAUUAAACGUGAAACAAGUGUUAGACGAGAAGCAAGCUGAAUCAAAUGUAAAACAAGUAUUGGAUGAGAAGCAAGCUGAGUCAAGUGCGAAACAAGUAUUGGGUGAAAAGCAAGCUGAGUCAAGUGAGAAACGAGUAUUGGAUACGGAGCAAGCCGGAUCAAAUGUAAAACAAGUAUUAGACGAGAAGCAAGCUGAAUCAAAUGUGAAUAAAGAAUGGGAUGAGAUGCAAGCUGAGGCAAAUGUGAAGCAAGUAUUGGAGGAGAAGCAAGCUGAGUCUAAUGUGAAACAAAUAUUGGAUGAGAUGCAAGCUGAGUCAAAUGCGAAACAAGUAUUGGACGAGAAGCAAGCUGAGUCAAAUGUGAAACAAGUAUUAGACGAAAAGCAAGUUGAGUCGAUUGUGAAUAAAGUAUGGAAUGAUAAGCCACUUGGUUCAAUUGUGAAACAAGUAUUGGAGGUGAAGCAAGCUGAGUCAAAUGCGAAACAAGUGUUAGACGCGGAGCAAGCUGAGGCAAAUGUGAAACAAGCAUUGGAUGUGAAGCAGGCUGAGUCAAAUGUGAAGCAAGUAUUGGAGGAGAAGCAAGCUGAGUCAAAUGUGAAACAAGUAUUGGACGCGGAGCAAGCUAAAUGGAAUGUGAAGCAAGUAUUGGAUGAGGAGCAAGCCGAAUCGAAUGUGAAACAAGUAUUAGACCAGAAGCAAGCUGAGUCAAAUAUGGGUCAAAUUCAGGCGCAAGCUGAAUUAAAUGGGAAUCAAGUAUUGAAUCAGGAGCAAGCUCAAUCAAGUGGGAAUCAAAUAUUGAAUCAGGAACAAGCUCAAUCAAAUGGGAAUCAAUUAUUGAAUCAGGAGCAAUCUCAAUCAAAUAUGUUAAACUGAGAAACGGAAAUCUAUGGCUACAAUGAAGGGUAUUGCAUCAUACUUAAGCUGAAGACAAAAUUUAUUGCACAGAAAUUAAUCUAUGAAGGAGAAAAGAUGAAUGUUACAAUAAUAUAAAUUUCAAAAAUGAAUUCAUUAUGUACAUCGAUAAAGAAGUGAAAAUAUUAU